AUGCAAGAAGAUACAGUGGCUGAGAUGUCUGGCCGUGAACGACCCAGCCGCUGGCGGUUUUGGGCGAAGAAGGAGUCGGGUAUACCCCGUCAGGUUUGGACAGAUGAGAAUCAACAAGGACAGGAAGAGGAGGGAAGAGAACAUGGACAUGGGCCACGAUCGAUCACUGCAUCUAUUCGCCGUCUAUCGUCCUCGACGUACACACGGCAAGCGCCGUGUGCUUCUGAAGAGUACGAUGCAGAGGGUGCCAUUGGCCCAGAAGCUGAUAUAGAAAAACUGGGCAGACAGCGGCCAGCUGUUUUCAAAAAUUUUGCCGCGGAGGUCGCGUUUUGUUUUUCUAUUGUCAUGUCUCAAGUGUUAACGGAAUAUUUUAUAUCCGGAUUUAAUGUCAUAAUACCGAGGCUGAUUGACGAAUUCGAUAUUCCCGAUGCCUCUGCUGUGUGGCCGGCCAGUGCCUUUCCGCUCGUGGUAGCUUCCACGCUUCUUAUCUCUGGGCGUCUAGCGGACAUGAUAGGCGGCUACUACAUGUAUGUGGGUGGUAUGGGCUGGCUGUGUAUCUGGUCAGUGAUUGCUGGCUUCUCGAAAAACCGAAUCAUGCUCAUCUUAUGUCGAGCACUGCAAGGCCUUGGUCCGGCAGCCUACUUGCCGUCCGGAAUGAUGUUGUUGUCGAUCGUGUAUCGGCCUGGUCCACGGAAGAAUCUGGUAUUCAGUGUCUACGGAACCUGUGCGGUUUUCGGGUUCUUCGUGGGGAUCUUCUGUUCGGGGUUGGCUGCUCAAUAUCUCGCCUGGCAGUGGUAUUUUUGGAUCGGCGCCAUCCUCGCCGCCAUUACGACCGCGAGUUCUUUCUUCUUCGUCCCUUCUGAUGCUGCCGAGAGGAGGAAACAGGGUGUUAAGAUGGACUACCUGGGGGCAAUACUCAUUGUUGUGGGUCUAACGCUCUCCGUGUUUGCCAUUACAGAUAGCGCCCAUGCAUCCGACGGAUGGAGGACGCCGUAUAUUUACGUCUGCUUCAUUAUCGGAUGCGUGGUUUUGGCUGGAGCGGUCUAUGUUGAAGGAUGGGUUGCUGAGUGGCCGUUAUUACCGUUCGACCUGUUCGAUGCACCGUAUAUGAAGGCAAUGGUGAUGGCACUGCUCUUCUUUUAUGGAUGUUUGGGAGUAUUUCUGCUCUACGGAACUUUAUACAUGGUGCACAUUAUGGGCGCCACAUCUCUACAGGUCGUCGCUUGGUGUACCCCGAUGGUGGUGGGCGGCUUUGCGUUUCCCAUCAUGGUCGGAAUAUGUCUUCACCUGGUCUCCGGAACAGUUCUCCUUAUCGUCUCCGGCAUAGGCUGGAUAUUAGCAGGCCUUCUUUUUGCAAUAAUGCCCGACGGUGCAAGCUACUGGGCAUAUGCUUUCCCCGCAAUGAUUGGUGCCACUCUCGGCAUCGACGUUACAUUUAACAUCACCAACAUCUUCAUCACUACAAGUCAACCAAAACAUCGCCAGGGGUUAGCUGGUGCUCUAAUAAAUUCUGUCUUAUUUUUGAGUAUUGCAGUGCUACUUGGAUUUGCAGAUGUUGCACAGGUAGCGACUGUGGGACAAGGAAGAAAGAAGAGCUACCAGGUUGUCUUUUGGUUUAAUACCGCUUGUGCGAGUGUCGCGCUGUUGAUUAUUGUACUGUUUGUCAGAGUUAAUCCGGCAUCGAGCGAUUUGACCGUUGACGAAAAGAAGAGGCAGCAUGAAUUAACCCAGGUACAACCGCAGCCUCAGGAAGUGCUACAUCAGGACCAGAGCGGGGACCCAGCUGAAUUAUCUCCCAGGCAUCAAAAUCCAACUCCCUCAUAA